AUAGAGAGGGUGUUACAGAGAUAAUGGAAGAGAGCACAGUUCCGGAGCAAAACAGGCGGGUGAUGAUAGCCAUCGACGAUAGCGAGGAGAGCUUCUACGCUCUCAACUGGGCUCUAGACAACGUCUUCAAAAAUCGCCCAUCCCAUCAUUCCCAUGAGGAAGAACAACACAGUGGCGUCAUCACUCUGGUUAAUGUCCGACCUCCUUUCCAGCCCUUCGUAUUCCAUACCGGUCCAGUUGUUUUCGCGACGUCUACGGUGAUUGAUACCUACAGAAAAUCCCAGCAGCAGAUGGCCAAAGAAGUCCUUUCUAAAGCGUUGCAAAUGUGCAAGCAAAAGAUGGUUAAAGCAGAAACUUUGGUUCUGGAAGGGGAUCCCAAGGACAAACUUUGCCGAGCUGCUGAGGAAAUGAGCGUUGAUCUUCUUGUUGUGGGAAGUCGUGGGCUUGGCAACAUUACAAGGGCAUUUUUGGGAAGCGUGAGCGAUUAUUGUUUACAUCACGCCCAUUGCCCAGUUCUCAUUGUGAAGCCGACGCCCAAAGAAUCCCCACGAGUCCCAAGAGGUUGCAGGGAUGGGGAUCUGACUGGAGCUUGCCAUCUUGGAGUUGGAUAUUUUAUUGAAUUGAUCAGUAGGUGUUUUCGGAUGAGAGUGGUGAUGGUGUUGGCUAUGGCGAAAACGUGAAGGAAGAAGAAUUUUAAACUUGCUGGUGCAUAUGUUCCCUUGAUCGUCACCAGUAUUGCUGACCAAGGACGAUGAAUAUAACAGGUUCAUUGGAAGAAAAUUUAGUAAAAGACUUCAUCUUGAUAUGAACAUUUCGGCCACCAAUUUAGGGGGAAGUGGGCAGCAAAUUGGUUCAGAUGAAAGGACCUUCUUUUAUCUUAACAUUCCAAAGAAGAAACAGAAACUGAAGGAGACCGGGGCGUGGACGACAUCACUGCCUACCCUGGCAGUUCUUUUGGGCUAACAAUAAGGGAUUUAGUAUAGCUUAGGGAUGAUAUUAUUUAUGUGAAGAAUGAAUUAGCACUAAU